UUAUUACUAAUAGUCCUGGCAACGUUAGCCACAUUGGCAAGCGCCGAAAUAUACGAAGACAGAGUAUAUUACCAAUACCGUGGUCCUCCAGCGCCCCUCAGCAACGAUGGGAUGGUCAUGGACACACCGGAAGUGGCCCACGCGAGAGCUGCGCAUCUGGCUAUGCACGCUGAAACCGUAGACAGAUUGAGGAAGGCGAGAAACGAUUAUGAAAUGUACGAAAACAAUGAGAUGUCGUAUAUGACACCUUCCAUGAUGGAUGAGCCGAUGAUGCCGAAACGUCAGCGUCAGAGAAUGUUUGCUCCUUCGCCUAGGGAUGGAAGGAUGAUGAACACCCCUGAGAUGGCGGAGCCAAAGAACUCCUACUUAUCGACGCGAGCUCGAGCAGCAUCGAAAGCGUCGGAGUUUUACGAGUUCGACGCGUUCAACGGACAGAAGAACUUAAUUUACCUUACUCCGCUACGCGUUACGUAUAAACACACGACACCGGUGGGUUAUCGAGGACCCUUCGCACCACUCGGUCCGGAUGGACGCGUCGUGGACACGCCGGAAGUGAUGAGGGCGCGCGAGGCACACAUGAAGGCUCACGCUCGUGCCAUGGCACUUUCCACGCAGAAUGACCUUUAUUAUUGA